GCGGAAAAGUUCAACCGUUGUCUGUUUUGUUGACAUCGGAGUACCUUACCCAACUUUGGAAGUUUUUCCUUCUGAGGCGUUGAUGAAAUGGUAAAUCUUAUUAACGAGUCUUUUAAGAAACCUGUAUAUGAUUAAUGAGAAUUGUGUUUAAAGCUCGCUUAAACUUGUAUGAAUUUGUUGAUGUGGGACGAAAAUGUGUUUUAGUUUGGUCUCGUGGUGCAGCAUGGAAGCUACAGUUAGCUAGCAUUCUGGUAACAGUUGACUUUAAAAAAAUCACCAGGAUGAUGCACCUGUGUUCAAACUCGUCGAUUUUUUUUUACUUUUCAGGCUUCAGGCUACCGAAAACCGCCUCCGUCCGCCAGCCAAAGGAAGAAAGCGGCUCAGAAAGAGCUGACAGAGGAGCAAAAGCAAGAAAUAAAGGAGGCAUUUGACUUGUUUGAUACAGAUGGGACUGGAACUAUAGACGUGAAGGAGCUAAAGGUGUGAUCCUGUGUGUUUGCUCUGAAUGUGAUCUUUUCUUUUUUUAUUUUCAUCAGAAAAAUCUCACACAUGUGAAUGAAGAGGAGCGGAAAGAAGAAAAAUCUUCUAGUCUGCCUCUCUUUCACAAGAUAUAAAUCAACUAAACACUUCAUUAUUUCUUAUUUUUCAAAAUCAAACAGAAAAGACCACCUUAAUUCACAUUUUUCCACAAAACGCACACACCAAGACUUAGAUUAACAUGUUUCUCUGUAGUUACUCAACAUACUGGCUUUGACACAGUUUUUGAAGAUAAAAUUUGAUUUGGCUUCUUUAGUUUCUUUGUUUAGAUUGUUUCACAAACUUUUUCCUCUCACUGUAACACAGCGCUCAGUGAUUUAAAAUCACUGCAACUUCAGCUUUGUUGUGUUUUCGUGCCCUAGGUUGCCAUGAGAGCUCUUGGGUUUGAACCAAAGAAAGAAGAAAUCAAGCAGAUGAUCGCAGACAUUGAUAAAGAAGGCUCUGGAACAAUUGAGUUCAGCACCUUUUUCAAUAUGAUGGCACCGAAAAUGGUGAGUGAAAUACACCUGUGCAAUGUGACAAAACCUGGAAACUUCUUAGAGAGUAAGAAACCAACAGCUGAUGCCCGAGAAAACACUUCACUUGUUGUUUCCAGUUAUCUCAACCACAAAAUCUGUUGCAGAAAUUCAUCACAAGUCAUCACAGUCAAGAUAAUACUGAGGCUUUUGGUGUCAAGAUGUGGGUGAAAAAAGUGUAAAAACUGAUAUUUAUUGCGUCAAUCGUGCUGAGAUUGUCAUGUCUUAAUUUCCAAAAGGCUGAAAAAGACUACAAAGAGGAGAUAUUGAAAGCUUUCCGGCUGUUUGACGAUGACUGCACAGGAAAAAUCUCCUUCAAAAAUCUCAAGAGAGUCGCCAAAGAGUUGGGUGAAAACCUCACUGAUGUAGAAUUACAGGUACAGUAGUCCAUCAUGAUGCACACAGUACCACAUAGUCUAUACUUUGUUUCUGACUUCAUACGCACCAACACCUUCCCCAAUGUCGUCGUUAUCUGGCUGGUCGUUCAUGAAAGUUUCCACACAGGAGUUUAAGCUGUGGCCAGAAUUUCACACCAGUGUCUCUAUAUGGGCAGAAGAACCCAUAAUGCACGGUUAUGUUAGGCUGCUGUGCAUUUGUAACCGACCGAUUGGGGAUGGUAAUGCUAAUCACUGAUCAAUUGAAAAGAAAUGCACAGAUAGGCCCAAAUCCAAUAACUGAAAUUAAGACAUCUCUAAGAUUUAUCAACCCCUGUCAUGUAUGAGUUAAUACAUCAUAAAGUUAUGUUCUUUUUUUUUUGGGUCAAACAAGUCAAAAGUCAUGUCAAUAACUGUUUUUUAUCCAAGAUGUAUGUCAAAAAAAUAUAUAUUUUAGUCUAUAAAGUUGAAUCAUUUGGACAUUAUUUUGUGGUUAGGGUGACAUGAAUACACAUAGGAAUAAUGAAUAACGAUAAAGAGAACAAUAAGAGGGUGAAUAUGACAAAACACACCGUUCUUUAUCUCAUAACUCAUUUUAUUCAUUUGAAAGUGGCAACAAAAAAACAGAACUUUCCUGUUCAAAAUUAAUGAAAAAAGAAGCUCAUUUAGUCUGUUUGCAUGGUUUUACACACACGCACACCUGUCCUCAUACCUCAUAUAGGUCCACACUUCUAUGUGAUCUAAAGAAUAUAGUGUGAAUGCUAAAGAAAGGAAUACAAUGAAGACCUUUAAAUAGUGCCGUUCAAUCCCCGUCCCUUCAUCCCCAACCCACAAUCCAAGCACAACAGAAGCAAGUUUAAAAAUGCAUUAAAAAGAGCUCCAUUUAGUAAAAACAGGAAUAUGUGCACUGAGGAGACGCCAUUUUAAAAUGCAAGAUGAGGAAACGCUGGAGGCGGCGUUAAAUCUUGAGAAAAAGUAACAUAAAAUGAAAUUUACAAAACAAUAGAUAAAAAUGAAAUACAGUAAAAAGAUACGAAAUAAGAGCACCAAAAUAGUUCAAUGAAAAACGAUCCUGACAUUAAAACUAGAAAGAGAUAAAUGUUAAAACACUCUAAUAGAAUUAAAUUAAUGAUAUAAAACUUAGUUAAAAGCAAGACUAAAAAGGUACGUCUCGAGUUUGCUUUGAAUAAAUAUUGAUUGAAUGAAGUUAUUCACUUGUAAAAUACAUAAAAAAAAUUCAUGAAACAUUUAAAAUGACAUGAGACAUAAUUACAGGCCCAGUGGAAAAAUGUAGGCCUCAGUGCAUUACUCCCUCUGCCAAAUUCAAACUGACAAAAACAUCCCAAAAACUAACAAUCAUAAACUAAUGUUGACAAAUGUUUGAAGAUUUACCACCUAGUGGUUCAGACAUAGUUCUGUCUGAUGGUGCUGAUAGGAAAACCAUUUUUUUAUUUGCAUGUUUUAUUGAGGAAAACACACAUAAAUCACUGAAGUAGCUGUCAAGAAUAGAUUUAUUCUACAUAAGUCUCUGAUUUUGUGCAACAUUUACUGACUGUUCUGGUAGUUGACGUCUUAAGAAAAAUACACCAACAGGACAACACAGGCAGCAAUCAAUCAUUAUACUUACCCUCAUUGUCAAGCAACAAUUUUAAGAACCCAGGACUCAGACACUCAUAGUUGCCGACUCACCACCGUAAAGAGUCAAAAGAGCUUCAAAACGUAUUUUUCCAAUGUCAGUGUGAUACCUCAGGUUUUUUUUUUCUUUUCAAAAAAGAUGAAGGGCUUCGAAGAGAUUUUCACAAACAAAUUCAAGUAUUUUUUUUAGUGCCCCAAAAAGUAGUUUUCUUUUUAAUUGUAUCAUAAUAGGCAGACAAGUCUCUCCCACCUGAUCAUGUUUUUACAAAUGAUACAACAAUAGCCCUCUCUUAUGUGAUUAUUUCUGGGGGAACUCGGGCACCGCGGUGCCUUGUGUCACUUUUUCUCAGUCCGAGUAGGAGUGAGGGUUUUUUUUCUUUUUCCAGUCGAUGACGAGCGAUGUUGACUUUUUCUAACUUUAGUCCCUUUGAAUCAAACAAACUUUUAAAAUUCUUGUUUUCUUUUCAGGAAAUGAUCGAUGAGGCAGAUCGAGAUGGCGACGGCGAGGUCGACGAGCAGGAGUUUUUGACGAUAAUGAAGAAGACCAAGCUUUACUGAACCCUUUGAGUGUUUUCCUGUUUUUAUCUUGGACCUUUUGGAGAUUUGAUUUUAAUUCUGCAGUUGCAUUUUUAUAACUUGUCUCGUGUGUAAAUAACUACUUCAACCUGAUUUAUCUUUGCACAGAUUUUCUACACUGCAAGACAAAUAAAUAUAUUUCAUAAUAAUAAA